AUGUUAGACUCUAUUACAGCUGAAAAUAGACAGCGUAAGCUACUACUGUUCCCCGAAGGGACGAGGCAUUCUGGGGACAAGCUGUUACCGUUCAGAAAAGGGGCAUUCCACGUCGCAAUGGACGCUGGGGCGCCGAUCCAGCCAGUGGUCGUUUCGAAGUACCAUCACGUAGAUUCGAAGAGGCCUUGGUUUGGUUCAGGACACAUAAUUAUAACAAUUUUGCCAUUAAUCGAAACGGAGGGUGUGCAGAAAGAAGAAAUCUCAACGUACGAGUUAAAUGAGAGGUUUUAG